AUGUACUGGAGACAUAUAUAUGAGCAGGAGGAAUAUGGUGUCUGUGUUGUAGCCCCCAGUGGGGAACCCCCACCACCUAAAAAGCAUCAGAAUGACUUCCACUUACCUCUCAGUGUUGUACCAGCUGUGACAGAGGCCCUUGGCUCCAAGACGAAAGGGGAAGAUUUGCACAAGGAGAACAGACCUUUCCACUUCUGUGAAAAAACGACCAUGGACUUGUCAGAUAGUGACCGUCCUGUCAGCUUUAGUUCCACUUCCUCCUCAGCAUCCUCCAGGGACAGCCACUGCUCCUUUGGAAGCAGAAUGACCUUGGUUUCAAAUAGCCACUUGGGUUUGUUCAACCAAGAUAAAGAAGCAGGUGCCAUCAAGCUAGAACUGGUCCCAGCCAGGCAAUUUUCCAGCAACAAGCCAUGCAGAAACAGCACUGUGGAGCAAGAGGAUCCAGAGGAAAGCCUUGGAAAAAGGCCAAGUAUGCCAAGGAAAGCAGAACCAAAAGGAGCGAGCAAAAACUGUGCAAUGUCUCUGGUCACAGAGCCCACCAGUCCGAAGCUCCUCUAUGUUGACAGAGUGGUCCAAGAGAUUCUGGAGACAGAGAGGAUGUAUGUGCAGGAUCUAAAAAGCAUUGUCAAGGAUUACCUUGACUGUAUCACUGACCAGAUCAAGCUCUCCCUGGGGACAGAAGAGCGAUCAGCCCUGUUUGGAAACAUACGGGAUAUCUACCAUUUCAACAGUGAACUUCUGCGAGAUUUGGAAAACUGUGAAAAUGAUCCUGUGGCUAUAGCAGAUUGUUUUGUUUCCAAGAGUGAAGAUUUCCACAUAUAUACACAGUACUGCACCAACUACCCAAGGUCUGUGGCUGUGUUGACAGAGUGCAUGAGGAACAAGACACUGGCCAAGUUCUUCAGAGAGCGGCAAGAAGCACUGCAGCAUUCUCUGCCCCUGGGCUCUUAUCUCUUAAAACCUGUCCAACGCAUCCUCAAGUACCACCUGCUUUUGCACGAAAUAGAAAACCACCUUGACAAGGACACUGAGGGCUACGAUGUGGUGCUGGAUGCCAUAGAUACCAUGCAGAGAGUGGCAUGGCAUAUAAAUGACAUGAAGAGGAAACACGAACAUGCCAUCCGGCUCCAGGAGAUACAGAGUUUGCUCACUAACUGGAAAGGGCCAGACCUCACGAGUUAUGGGGAGCUGGUGUUGGAAGGAACAUUUCGCAUUCAGCGAGCCAAAAAUGAGCGCACACUGUUCCUCUUUGACAAGAUGCUGCUGAUUACAAAAAAGAGAGAUGAAAUGUUUGCAUACAAAGCUCACAUACUGUGUGGGAACCUGAUGCUUGUUGAAGUAAUACCAAAGGAACCACUUAGCUUUAGCGUCUUCCACUACAAAAAUCCCAAGAUGCAACACACUGUCCAGGCAAAGUCACAGCAAGACAAGCGCCUUUGGAUUCUUCACUUGAAGAGGUUAAUUCUAGAAAAUCAUCCUGCUAAAAUUCCUGCCAAGGCCAAGCAAGCAAUUCUCGAAAUGGAUGCCAUACAUCACCCAGGCUUCCACUACAGCCCUGAGGGAGAAAUUAAAUCUUCAUACCAGCCGAAGGAAGGCACUGCUCCUAACAGAGUCAGAAGGAAAUCAGAACCCUCAUCUAGAGUCCAUAAAGUUUUGAAGUCAAAUGACGUAAGUCCAGAUAUGCAGAAGCGGAUUGGUGUUGAAGGAGCCCUAUUAACUCAAGCCACCAAACUAGGAUCAAGUGAAGCCCUGCUGAAUUCUAGGAAAAAAGUUUUGUUGGAAGCCAGUCGGGCGGAGAGCCAAUUUCAGCAGUCUAUGGAACGAGCCUACAGCAGCGAUCAGGACGAAAAUCUUCAGACUUCUGCUACAGAACAGAUUGAUGGUGAUGAUGAAGAAGAGUCUGAACAG